AAAUUAAGAUUUAGAAAAUUUAGUAAAAAUUUAUUGAUUCCACCUCGACCCAGAUCUAGAAAUCACACGUCUAACUCAGCACCACCAGCUAUGAAGAUACGAACUCAUGAUAUGCUUAAUCCGCAAGAACGCAAGUUUUUGGAAGCUGCCGAAAUGGGCGAUCGACCAACUUUGGCAGCUUGCUUAGAACAAAAACAUAUUCUGCCAUUAAAUAUUAACGCAGUGGAUUGUAUGGGACGCACGGCGAUCGAAAUCGCUGUCGAUAAUGAGAAUAACGAAAUUGUCGAAUUAUUAUUAAAAGAAGAGGAUAUUCGAAUAGGAAACGCACUGUUGUGUGCCAUACGUGAGGGUGUCUACAGGACGGUGGAAAUGCUAAUAAAUCACCAAAGUAUAACAAAAGAUAUGCUUGGUGAAGGCUGGGCUGCUUACAUUGAAGGUGCUGAAGGCACUUCUGCUGAAUAUUCAAGUGAAAUUUCACCAAUUAUUCUUGCUGCACACUUAAACCAAUUCGAAAUUUUGCAAAUGUUACUAAGCAAGGAUGCAAGAAUAGAAAAACCUCAUAAAUUUUCCUGUAUUUGCCCAGUAUGUGAUCGCGAGAGGUUGAUCGACUCGUUACAUCAUUCUUUAAAAAGAAUUAAUACUUAUAAAGCCUUAGCAAGCCCAGCCUGGAUGAGCCUUACAAGCUCAGAUCCAAUAUUAAGCGCAUUUAAACUUAGUUGGGAGUUGCAAAAGUUGUCAAAAAUAGAGCAUGAAUUUGGUGAAAGAUAUAUUCAGUUAUCAGAGCAAUGUACUCAAUACGCAUGUGACUUACUCGAGCAGUGCAGAAGUACAGAAGAAGUAAUUGCUAUAUUAAAUAAAGAUCAAGCAACAAAUAAUGAUACCGUCGAAGUAUGGUCAUCAAAAUUAAGUCUAUCAAGACUAAAGCUGGCUAUCAAAUAUGGACAGAAAAAGUUUGUUUCACAUCCGCAUUGUCAGCAGUUAUUAACGUCGAUCUGGUAUGAAGGUUUUCCUGGGAGGCAACAACGAGGGUCAGCUUGGAAUCACGUUAUUUGCAUCAUUCUCAUAAUUCUUUGGCCAGUUCUUUCUCUCUGCUAUAUUUUGAUUCCGAAAAGCAGACUUGGCCGAAUAGUUCGCGCACCUUUUAUGAAAUUUCUUUAUUAUUCAAUUUCUUUUGGUUGUUUUUUGGCUUUAUUGACAUUAGCAACAUUCGAGCCUUACCGAUAUGAGAAAGGCGAAAUUAAAGGUGGUAAGAAAACUCGUGCAUCGGAUCGUGGACCACCACCAACGCUUAUUGAACUGCUUGUUUGUGUCUGGGUUUUAGGUAUGCUGUGGUCGGAAGUGAAGCAAGUAUGGCAGGAAGGCUUCAAAAAAUACGUUUACCAGUGGUGGAAUUGGUUGGAUUUCAUUAUGAUGUGCUUGUACAUGUGUACUAUUUCUCUCAGGGCAUCUGCUUUUUAUAUAUAUAGUAUGUCACCUUCACAAGAUGUUCGAUAUUCUCUUCGUACUCACUGGAAUGCAUAUGAACCAGUGUUAAUUGCAGAAGCACUUUUCGCUGUCGCUAAUAUUUUUAGCUUUGCACGCAUUAUAUAUUUAUUUCAAAUGAAUCCUUAUCUUGGUCCACUGCAGAUAUCAUUGGGAUGUAUGUUAGUAGACGUUGCCAAAUUUUGCCUUAUAUUUGUCCUUAUUAUCAGCAGUUUUUCCAUUGGAUUGGCGCAGUUAUACUGGUAUUAUGAUCCAUACACACCAGUAUGCUUAUCGCCAACUAACUGUCGUGAAGAUUCAAAUGCAUUUGCAUCGAUUGCAAGCUCAUAUAUAACACUUUUAUGGUCACUAUUUUCCAUCACAAAGGUUGAGGACACAAAUGUUCUCGAGAAUCAUCAUUUUACUCAAAAUGUUGGCAGUGGAAUGUUUAUCGUUUAUCACAUGACAUCAAUAAUUGUUCUACUAAAUAUGCUUAUAGCUAUGAUGUCACAUUCAUUUCAACGAAUAAAUGAUGCAGCUGAUUUGGAAUGGAAAUUCCAUCGGGCGAAAUUAUGGAUGUCGCAUUUCGAUGAAGGAUCGAGUCUUCCACCUCCUUUUAAUAUUAUCAUUACACCUAAAGCGAUUUAUUAUUUUUUUUGUUUAAUCUUAAGUUUUUUCAAGUGUUGCAUCGGCAAAUAUCAAUUUAGAAAAAGUCGUACUCGCGCUACUAUAAAGCGACCUGGAUACAGCAGAAAGCAACGUGUCGUCAAUAAUUUGGAUGAAAAUGAUAUUAAUGAAAGUCCUUUGACCUAUGCUGAUAUUAUCCGAAGGUUAGUAAGUCGAUUCAUUCUUCAGACUAAAAAGGAUAUCAAAACUGAUAAUGUAACUGAAGAUGAUUUGUUGGAAAUAAAACAAGAUAUCAGAAGCUUGAGGUAUGAGCUUCGCGAUGAUCGGAGAAAGGAAAUUGUUCGUUCAUCCUCUCACAUUGAUGCUGUUAAACGAGAUAUAAUGCGUACAAUGUCAAUCACUAGAUUUAGAGAUUAUCACCAUUUGCCUUCUUUGCCAGUAUCUUCAAUCGAUGACGACAAAGACAGUGGUGAAGUUGGAACAAAUGACAUAUUUGAACCUCGAUCUACUUCAAUGCAACGCUUUCUAAAUCAACGACGAUCAUUUUUCUUAAGGCAUCGAUUGCAAAGUUUGUGA